AUGACUGACUGCAGGUUCUUAGCCCUCUGGUUUGUGGUUGGCUCUGAAAAGAGCCGUUGGGGGGUGAACAGCGGGGUGAGCUGCUCAUUUGGAGCUGGUGUACUUGGUGACGGCCUUGGUGCCCUCGGACACGGCGUGCUUGGCCAGCUCUCCGGGCAGCAGGAGGCGCACGGCGGUCUGGAUCUCCCUGGAGGUGAUGGUGGAGCGCUUGUUGUAGUGAGCCAGGCGGGAAGCCUCGGCGGCGAUGCGCUCAAAGAUGUCGUUGACGAACGAGUUCAUGAUGCUCAUGGCCUUGGAGGAGAUGCCGGUGUCGGGGUGGACCUGCUUCAGCACCUUGUACACAGAGAUCAGAGCUCUUUGUGGUUGUGGGCGGCUCUGAAAAGAGCCUUUGGGUUGUGGGGGUCCGAGAAAGGUUUAGCCUCCGAAACCGUACAGAGUGCGGCCCUGCCUCUUGAGCGCGUACACCACGUCCAUGGCGGUCACGGUCUUCCUCUUGGCGUGCUCGGUGUAGGUGACGGCGUCCCGAAUGACGUUCUCCAGGAAGACCUUGAGCACCCCGCGGGUCUCCUCGUAGAUGAGGCCGGAGAUACGCUUGACUCCGCCACGGCGGGCCAGGCGGCGGAUGGCGGGUUUGGUGAUGCCCUGGAUGUUAUCACGGAGAACUUUGCGACGAGUUUAGAACAGAAGCAAACGCUGGAAAACUGA